GAAUCUGCAGCCCGAGAGCAAGCCAUUAAUGAUUGGCUUCCCGUCACUGCCUCAAGAAAAGCGAAAUGGUGGUAUUCUGCUUUUCAUAACAUCACAGCCAUGGUUGGUGCCGGAGUUCUCACCCUUCCGUACGCCAUGUCAAAAAUGGGAUGGGGUCCAGGCGUAACGGUGUUGUUACUAUCAUGGAUAAUCACAUUGUUUACACUAUGGCAAAUGGUUGAGAUGCAUGAAAUGGUACCAGGAGUGAGAUUCGACAGAUACCAUGAGCUUGGUCAACAUGCUUUUGGUAAAAAGUUGGGUCUAUAUAUCAUCUGUCCCCAACAACUACUUGUUGAAGUUGGUACAUGCAUUGCAUAUAUGGUCACCGGAGGAAAAUCAUUACAGAAGAUUCAAGAAACUCUUUGGCCCCAUUGGAAAGGUCUCAGAACCUCUUAUUGGAUUAUUAUCUUUGCUUCCGUAAACUUUGUUCUCUGUCAAUGUCCCAACUUCAACUCUAUUUCUGCUGUCUCUUUUGCUGCAGCAGUCAUGUCUAUUGGGUACUCAACAAUUGCUUGGGUUGCUUCACUUAAAAGAGGAGUUCGACCAAAUGUGGACUAUAGUUACAGUGCUCACAGUGUUCCGGAUGGUGUAUUCAACUUCAUGUUGGCAAUGGGAGAAGUAGCAUUUUCUUAUGCAGGUCACAAUGUAGUUCUUGAAAUCCAAGCAACAAUACCUUCUACACCUGAUAAUCCUUCCAAGAAAGCAAUGUGGAAAGGAGUUAUCGUCGCUUAUUUAGGAGUGGCUUUUUGUUAUCUCCCAGUCGCAUUCAUCGGAUACUAUGUAUACGGAAACAGCGUCGAUGAUAACAUACUCAUCACGCUAGAACGCCCUACUUGGCUCAUUGCUGCUGCAAACAUGUUUGUCAUUGUUCAUGUUAUUGGUGGCUAUCAGGUAUUCUCAAUGCCAGUUUUCGAUAUGAUUGAAACUUUUUUGGUGAAGCAGAUGAAGCUUCCUCCUUCUUUAAUUCUUCGCUUAUUAGCUCGCACCGGAUUCGUCGCAUUCACCAUGAUAGUUGGUAUAUGCAUUCCAUUCUUUGGCUCUCUUCUUGGAUUUCUUGGAGGAUUUGCCUUUGCACCAACUUCAUAUUUUAUUCCAUGUAUCAUAUGGCUUAAAAUUUUCAAACCUAAGAGAUUCGGCUUGUCUUGGAUAGUUAAUUGGGUCUGCAUUGUGCUUGGGGUGUUGUUGAUGAUACUGGCUCCAAUAGGUUCAUUGAGACAAAUCAUUAUUCAAUUCAAGCACUAUAAGUUCUUCUCAUAG